GUGGGUAAAAGAUGGCUUUGGUCUAAACACUGAUAGACUUAUUGAUGGAAUAUAUCCAAGAUAUAAAAUAGAAGGAAGCGUCAGUAAAGGCGAAUAUAAUUUGCGAAUUAAUAAUAUUAGUAUUGAUGACGAUGAUAUAUUUGAAUGCCAAAUGCAAGCAGCUGUUAAUAAUCCAACAAGAAUAUCAAAUAAAGCAAAAUUAACUGUUUUAGUUGAGCCACAACUUCCGACAAUGUUUCUGGAAGACGAUGUUUUAAAUGUAAUUGCCGGUCAAUAUAUUCAGCGCUCGUGCGUUAGUAAAGAUGGAAAACCACCAUCAGUCAUUGGAUGGGCAAUUACCGAAAAUAAUUCAACAAGUAUCAUCAGGUCGUGGCUUGGUGAUUCACUUCAGAAGUUUGAUAUAUCCCAAUUUAAAUUAUCGACAAAAGAAUCGCAAUAUGCUCACAUAAUCGAAGAUAUUCGUCGAAAUACUCAACAAUUAUAUACAGUUAUUAGCAAUAUUAGUUUUGUACCAAAAAUCGAUGACGACGGGAAAUAUUUGACAUGUAUAACAUCGCAUGCAACAUAUUCAUCGCCAAAGUCAAUCUCAUUUGCGCUUGAUAUUAAUUUUUCACCAGUAGUGCAUAUUGAAAUCAAUGAGAAAUCGGAAAUGAGAGAAAAUGGUUCAGCGAUUCUUCAUUGCAAUAUCAAGGCUAAGCCUACUACGAAUUUGCAGAUUAUUUGGUUUAGAAAUGAUGUUAUCAUAGAAUCAGCCAAAACUGAUGUUAUUUUAUUGCCAAACUUAAAUAUUGACCACCAUCAAUCGAAAUAUACUUGCUUGGUUAGCAAUAUUAUUGGCGAAUCAUCUGAUUCUAUUAUUUUAAAUGUAACUUAUGGAGCUCGUAUAAUGUCAACUGAACAACAUCAAGCUGUAAAUCCUGGUGAAUCAGCAAUGUUUAAUUGCGAAGCAAUAGGAAAUCCUCCACCUAAAAUAAUUUGGAAGAAAAUUGGUGAUGGUCAAGUCAUUGCUCAUGGAAGCAGUUUAACAAUUGAAUCAGUGCAAAGUUGGCAUCGAGGUGAGUACGAAUGCAAAGCAACAGUUUCCGGAUUUCCAUCGUCUCGACUCAUUAAUUUUUUACACAUUAAAGGUCCACCAUCAGUCAGCGUUCGAGAAGAAAUUAUUGCAGCUAAUGGAGAGACUAUUGAAAUUAUUUGUGAAGUAAAAUUUUAUUUUAAUAAGAUAGUCAGAGGUCGUCCACAACCACAGGAUGUGAUAUGGUUAUUAAAUGGAUCUCCAAUUGAAUAUGGAAGACUGGGAAGUCGGCUACAAAUACAUCAAGUACCUCGACAGUUCGGUGUCGAAAGUAAAUUGAUUGUCCAAGGUGUAAAGAAUAGUGAUUAUGGAAUAUAUAAUUGUACGGCCUUCAACGAACUUGGAAGUGAUUAUCAAACGAUCCGACUUAAAUCGAAAAGUAUCAUUGAUGCGUUAAUUAAAGAUCCGACAAUAAAAGUUGAACCAAUUGACGGUGGUCCUUAUCCAUUUCCUUCGUUAAAUCCGCCAGGAAUUACUUUUUCAGAUAAUUAUAUAUCAACGAUGGGUACAAAUCCUGAUUUUGACUAUAUUGGAAAUUCACCUAAUUUUGAUAGACUAUAUCCUCGUGUAAAUAAUGGUACAGCGCCACCAGCAAAUGAUUGUUUUGCAUUUGAUGAUUCUAUGAAUAAUCAUCAGUCAUACGAUGAAUAA